UGUUAUUCCGGGGAUAAGUCAACGAUCAGUUUUUGUACCGGUCGUCAGAUUUAAAUUAUUUACGUGACCCUUUGCAAUGAAGGUUCUCAACUUUGAUGUUAUAGGACUGAAAAGGACAAAACCGGAUUUUAUCACGAGCAUAUUGGAGAAAAGCAUGUCUAUGCACACAUUUGAGGAAGCGCUACAGCAACUGAAAAUAUUCAAGAGUAUUGAUCUAAGGGGCCACAAGGAUACAAAGCUCAAACUGAGCGUACAGGAAGAAAAGUAUAGAAUAUCAGCGGGCACUAAUGUGGAUCUCUCACGCAGGUUCACACCUUACUUGCAACUGAAGUUACCCAACUUGCUGGGUCGGGGUGAGUCACUUAAUUUCUUGAUUUCAGCCGUCAAAUCCCUACAUGUUAAUCUUUCCAUUCCUCUACUCAAUAAAAACGGUUUUUUUAAUUUUAUUGAGCUCAACGUGUCAUCGUACAAAAGAAGGAAUGCGCUUGCAGAGCUACAAACGAAGGAAUAUACGCUGAGUUACUCGUCGUACCACAAGUAUUCGUUAGUAUAUGAAGUUAUAGAAAAUUUGACGAAUAUGUUGUACGUCAGAGCAAGAAAUAAGCAAAACGAGAGCAUGUCGUACGAUUUUAAAGCAGGUUGUUUUGAGAAUCGCCUGUUUUAUAAGUUGACUGUGCUGUACAAGAAUGUGACUGCACUGCCUUUGAAUUUCUUUCAUAAACUGCGGAUGCGUGCUGGUGUAAUUCACGGCCACGUGCAUAGCUCAGAGAAAUUUUUCCUGGGCGAAAACAUCAGGGGAUAUUCCCCUAUGAGCAUAUCACCGUUGGAUAUGAAUGAGAAAGUGGGUGGCAAAUCGUGCAUUGAACUAUCUAAUGCACUGGGAUACACAUUCAGAAGAAUGAAGUUCUUUGUUUUUAAUGAUUUAGGGUUCAGUUCAAGGCAGAAUAACCUGUUUGAGACGCUUAAAUCGUCCGUAUUGAGCUUAUUUCUUGUACACAAGCCUAGUUGUUUGGGAUGGUCCACUGGAAUUGGUUGUACCAUUGAUUUGCACAGGUACAAAAAUGUUGCUACCAAUGUGACAGUAUCUUACGCUGUUCCCCUCGCUGAAACUCAAACUGAACAAAACUUCAAAUUCGAAGUAGAUUUUGAUAUUUUGUAGUACCAGUGACACGUUAACCACCGUAUCACCAGGCCGUGUUAGUGUAGCCUAUUCGGUGCAGUUCCAUGCUGCGAAAACUUUAUAUAUGCCAAAUUUGUGUGAUCAUGCGAACAAACUGGUUAAUAAGUCUUAUUGCCAGUUAUAUAAAGUAUUUGGUCUGUAGCAAGAGGUAUCUUAGCGCUAUUGUUGUAAUACUAGAGGGAUAUGAUGGCACAGAGGAUUCUCUUUCUGUGGCUCAAGAUAUAUGAGCGGUUGACAAUAUUUGGAACACGGGUUAGCGGCUAUGGUCAGCUCAGAGGGCCGG